CUUCUCGGCUUAAGCACCUUUACUUGCAGCGGCGAUUCCGAGGCCACCUCCAGCAAUGGCCUUUGCAAAUCUGUGGAAAGUGCUCAUCGGUGACAGCCUGGACCCUUGCUACCGUAGGAUCUUGCAAGAUGGAGGGCUGCAGGUAGUGGAGAAGCAGAACCUUAGCAAAGAGGAGCUGAUAGCCGAGCUGCAGUUCAUGGGAACAGGGCUGAAUGGAAAGAUCCUGGGAAUUCUGGGCCUGGGAGGGAUUGGGAGGAAGGUGGCUACCCGGAUGCAGUCCUUUGGGGUGAAGACCAUAGGGUAUGACCCCAACAUUUUCUCAGAGGUCUUGGCCUCCUUUGGUGUUCAGUAGCUGCCCCUGGAGGAGAUCUGGCCUCUCUGUGAUUUCAUCACUGUGCACACUGGUCUCCUGCCCUCCACGACAGGCUUAU